CACGCUUUGCCAUUGUUUCUCUCACUAGCCCAGUAAGCAAAACGACCCCCUGUGUUUCUCUCUCUAAAAAGCCCCCCUAUGAAGUUGCCACGUCCUUUCCCCCCACCACUUUAUCCAACCACCGUCUGCCCUCCUCCUCCUCCCCUCUGAUCUCAAUUUCUUCUUUGAGUUUUCUUCCUCUCUUUAAACCCUUUUCAUAUUCUCCUCUUGCUUCUUUGAUUUUCCUCGAACCCUCCCUCCCUUUUCAAUUCCUCUCUCUGAUUCUUUCUGGGGUUUGCUGAUUUCCCUCUCUUCUCUACCAUGCCGGCUUGGUGGGUAAGAAAAUCGAGUAAAAACAAGGACCAUCACAAUCAUCCCACUACCUUUCUCAACUUCUUCAACUCUUCUUCUUCUUCUUCUUCUUCCCCCAAAACUGAACCUAAGAACGCCAGCGACAAACCCAGGAGCUUCGAUGAGGUCUCUCCGGUGAUUUUCUCUCGCAAUUCCCCCAGGUGUAGCAGGGAUCUGGGCACUUCUGGUGCCGCCUCUUCUGGGUUUUCCGGUUUUGACUCCGAUAGUGGGGAUACCAGUGUUCCUCUUCCUCGACCUACUACUUCCGGCCUUGGGAUUGAUCAUGGAGUCGGGAAUGGAUCUGGGUCUGUUUCGGUUUCAAGUGUUAGCUCCUCUGGCUCUUCCGAUGAUCAUCCAUCUGCUCAAGAACACCUUCAAUUUGGAGGUCUCAGAGGAUUUGCUGAUACAAGAACAGAGAAAAGGCCAAGAAGUCCAGGUCCAGGAUCAAGAGGACCCACCAGUCCUACAUCGCCUCUCAACCCGCGGUUCUGUGGCAUGAGUUUGGAGUCUCCUACAGGCAAGCUAGAUGACGGGAUGAGUCGAUGUCACAAGCUGCCGCUACCUCCAAGUUCUCCCACCAGCCCGUCUUCCUUGACCAGCACGAGAGCUAUCAAUAUCGGCGAGAACAACGUUGCUACACAACCGAAGUGGAAGAAAGGAAGGCUUCUAGGAAGGGGAACGUUUGGACAUGUUUACCUUGGAUUUAACAGUGUAAGUGGCCAAAUGUGUGCAAUCAAGGAGGUCAGGGUUAUAAGCGACGAUUCGACAUCGAAGGAAUGUCUCAAGCAAUUGAACCAGGAGAUUACCGUGCUCAGUCAGCUGUCGCAUCCAAACAUCGUCCGGUACUAUGGUAGUGAAAUGGGUGACGAGUCCCUCUCGGUCUAUUUAGAAUACGUCUCUGGUGGCUCAAUUCACAAGUUACUUCAGGAAUAUGGUGCCUUCAAAGAACCUGUCGUAAGAAACUAUACCCGAAAGAUCCUUUCCGGGCUUGCUUAUCUGCACGGGAGAAACACAGUGCAUAGGGACAUAAAAGGGGCAAAUAUCUUAGUCGAUCCGAACGGCCAGGUCAAGUUGGUGGACUUUGGCAUGGCUAAACAUAUUACGAAUUGUACUUCGAUGCUCUCCUUCAAAGGUAGUCCUUAUUGGAUGGCCCCCGAGGUUGUAAUGAACACAAAUGGCUACAGUCUUGCUGUAGACAUUUGGAGUUUAGGGUGCACGGUUCUUGAAAUGGCAACGUCCAAACCGCCUUGGAGCAAAUACGAAGGGGUGGCUGCCAUUUUCAAAAUUGGGAAUAGUAAAGACAUUCCAGAAAUUCCAGAUCAUCUCUCGAACGAUGCUAAAAGUUUCGUGCAAUUAUGCUUGCAACGGGACCCGGCUGCACGUCCUUCGGCUGCAGAACUACUGGAUCACCCUUUUGUUCAAGAUGCGGUAACACCAAGAGCGUCCGAUGUUAACUUGUCCAUGGAUGCAUUCCUGUUUAGUUUCGAUGGAAGCCAGACUCCGCCAUUGUUAGAUCGGCAUCCAAACCGAAAAAGUAUAAGCAUAUGCGAUGGAGAUUAUGCGACAAACCCAACAAUCUCUUCGAGAACUUCGAGGAGUCCCAGGGGAAACGCAAGAUUGAUCACAUCCUUGCCUGUCUCUCCUAGUUCAAGUCCAUUACGGUCGUAUGGCCCCGCACACCAGAGCUGUUAUCUUUCACCACCACACACAUCUUACAUGGGGUUGGGGCAAAGCGGAUACAAUUUAAACGAAUAUGCAUAUAACACAAGACCGAACACAUUGUUCACCCUCGAUCCAUCACGAGAGUCGUUACUAUUGAAAGUUCGGACUCACGGCGGAUCACCAAUAAGACCUCUAUGACUGAACUUUUCUUUAAAAACAAGGAAGAAAAUCAUCUUCCUGACAGCCCCAGGUGUGAUUUUAUCCAUUAUGUAACAAUUGUGAAAAUUUUGGAAGUGGGGUAAUGAUAUAUGAUGUAAUUGGUUAGAGAUAUCUUUUUGGUCCUUGUAAAGUGACGGUGGUCUGUAUAUGUAAUACUCAGUUUAGUAGCUCUGCUAUCAUCAACUUAGAUCAGGCAUUCAAAACAGAUAUCUAUUCAGGAGGUUUCUAUAUAU